GAACCAGGAAGUCUUAACGGAUUCCAACAUGGCGGCGUCCACUGAGAGAUCUUCCUGAAGGAGACCAAUUCCUUUCUUCACUCAUCAAUUCUACUGCUUGGUACUCAGUAAAGGAUCAAUACAUAUAUACAUAUGUCAGUGUGAUGGUUCAGCCAUGAAGUGUGUCCGCUGCCUGCUGCAGCUGCGGUGCCUCAGACUGGUGGGCCAGUCAUCCAGGUCUGCUGCCCAGUGUGGUGCUCUGCUGCAGUCAGCCGCGUCCAGUCAGCCCAGCGUGCUCCACCAGAGCCAGCACCAGGUUUUGAGACAUUUCCACGCCAGCCCAGCCUGUGCCAAGAGUCAGCCGGAACCUGUGCACAAUGAGAAGAGGGUAAAGUCUCUGAUCACCAACGAUGAUCUGUUCGAGCGAGUGGCGAAAGAUGCCAGAACCAAAGCCAUGUUUAACAAGGUGAUGGACAUCUUCAUCAAGAGGGACAUAAGACGGCGGGGCCAUGUGGAGUUUAUCUACGCCGCCCUGAAGAAGAUGCCGGAGUUCGGCGUGGAGCGAGACCUCGCCGUCUACAACAAGCUUUUGGAUGUUUUUCCCAAAGAGGUGUUUGUGCCCAGAAACUAUAUCCAGCGCAUGUUCAACCACUAUCCCCGACAGCAGGAGUGUGGAGUGCAGCUACUGGAGCAGAUGGAGAACUAUGGUAUUAUGCCCAACAUGGAGACCAAAGUCCUGCUGGUUCAGAUUUUUGGAGAGAAGACCCACCCCAUGAGAAAGUAUCAACGCAUCAUGUACUGGUUCCCCAAGUUCAAGCACAUAAACCCCUUUCCCGUCCCCCAGCAGCUGCCGGAGGACCCGGUGGACCUGGCUCGCUUCAGUCUGACUCGCAUCGCUAACGACCUGGAUGCAAAAGUUAUCGUCUACCAGCUGCCCUGCACAGAUGUUACAGUGAGCGGAGAAGAGAUAACACUUCCACAUAUCGUAGGGACCCAGAGCCCCAGUCAAAUGGAGCUGCUGGCCAAGCAUAACCCGAACAGGCCUGUGUUUGUGGAGGGCCCCUUCCCUCUGUGGCUGAGAAAGACCUGUGUGCACUACUACAUCCUCAGAGCUGACCCCAUACCGCCUGAUGAAAAGGUCGAGGAGCCCUAUGAUCCAGAGCGAUGUCUGGACUACCCUCUGCAGUUAGACCUGGAUUUGGAGCGUGACUACGGAGACCAAGAGAGCUUCGAUGUAGAAGACUUGGAUGAGGGCCCAGUCUUCGCCAUGUGCAUGACCAGUCAGGGAGACCAGGCCACCCUGAACCAGUGGAUCUCUGGCCUCCAGCAGAACAACCCCAUACUGGGUAAGGUCCCCACUCUGUUUCGUCUUGACGCCGGGCCCCGUGAGCUGCAGGGGGCAGCCGCCACAGAGUCGGGUCACUCCCACGGGCCUGAAGCAGAGACCCUGAAAGAAGAGUCUCCGCAUGAAGAAGAACCGCAAAAUAUAGUUGAAGAGGAACCAAGGAGGAGCCAGGGGAUGAAACAGUGAACAGCCGUCAAACUGGCAAAAUAAAUCCUGACACACUGUCAAUGGCUGAUUAAGAGAUAUUAGUUCAGGCUGGUUAAGAACUGAACUCGUGGGAGGCCCUGGUUGGGUUAAACAGGCAAAGCUGCAGAACCUGAGGAGGACUCCUGAUCUGCUGCUGAGAUUCAGGAAUGAAAUAAAUAAAUUAAAACAAAACUGUUCUUCUCCAUUGUUCCCGACUUAGGGCUCAUUGUUGGGGUCACAGGGGUUUAUUUAAGGUUUUUUGUUGUCAUUGAUCCUUAUUCAAGUAAUAUGGCAAAAUAUGGUUCCUCACAGGCUUAAGUGGAAAAUCUAACAUGAAAAGUGACAACAUAAAAUCCGCCAUAAGAGAACCGUUAACAUAGGUUGGUCAGCAAUGUAGAUAUGAACAUACAGUUACUGUAAGUAAUUAUGAAAUAUAAAUAAAAUGUAUAACACAUAUAUAACCACUUACUGUAAAAACUGAAUAUAUAGAUAAAAGGAAUAGUACAUUCAAACAAGUACUCUAUUUUACUGUUUCCCAAAUACCAGGAAAUAAAAGCUGCAAUUCUGA